AUGAGGACACCCGACACCAUAUUAAUUUCGAAACGGGGACUCGGCCUGCGACCCUACCAGUACGACCCCUUGGCUUCGUCUUCCUCCGAAGCCGAGGAAGAAAUGCCGUACCUGCGGCGUGUCGGUACCGCGAAUUGUUUAACGCCAUUCAGAGCUUCCAAUACAAUCUCACUCACUCAGCAAGUUGUGCAAUUGAACCGCCGCAAUAAAUGGAGCCUCUUCGCAUACGCGAGGAAAUGUUCAGAGACGCAGCGAAUGAAGUGUUCGACCGGUUGGAAGGCUGCAAUUGGAUUUGUUUCGUGGAUCACCAAGAUGGGAGCGUUCGUGUCACAGGCGAUCCUCCUUGCUUCGUUCGUGUGGGUGGUUGGAGCAGAUGAUCCGCAGUUUAUAUUUAACCUGACGGAGACCGUAAGAAGAUACGCAGAGUACUACGCAAGGUUACACAAGACCACGUUUUGGUUCUAUGACUUGUGGGCGGAGCGGGAGGAGAUGAAGGAGCGCGGCGUGUACAAAAACUACAAGCUCUCCGUGACGGCGACUAACUUUAAAUUUGGAGAAGCCAUCGGGAAACAUAUCCAACCCACGGAGGUCUUCACCACCACGAUUGCAAACGAUCAAGAAAAAACUGAUUUAAUUCAAACUGUGUCGCAGACCCACGGAAACACGGAAACCGCCAUCGUCAAAUUGGUGAAGGGAUUUGAGGCGAACUACAAGACCAGUGUUACUGUCGGAGUACCUCUCGUUAUUAGUGCAAGCGUCGAAUACAGCUUCGAUUACAGCCUUUCCAAGACGAAGUUGGAAACCAAAACCAAGACCGAAACUCUGGGCAUUAAUGUCCAAGUUCGCGUGCCACCAAAAAAGACAGUGCAAGUGACGUGGUACGUGAGCAAUACUGUUAUGGACUUUCCUUGGACUGCCACAGUAAUUGUCAGAGGAUGGUUUGCCGUCUGGGUCAAUACGAAGGUCAACAAUCACUAUCUUCAUUUCUUCCCUGUCUCCGUGCUGACCAGUAUAGAUAGCAACUUGACCCGCAUCGAUCGUUUGACCGUCAGCUUUGAGGCUGAAGGUGUGUUCAGGAAGGUCGCCACCCACGACUCCAGGGUCUUUACGUACGAGUUGAAGAGGUCCGAUCGAGCGACGCCCACAACUACGAGACGACCAAAGGCCUUCAUAACCCCUCCACCCCUCGAGUAG